CCGCCGAAACUAACGAGGGCAUAAUGUCAGCAGUGAACGGCAACGAUGAGGAGCUGGACAGGCUGCGACAAGUCCUUGUGGAAGCUAUUGAUGAAGAGAAGACCAGGGCUCAGAGGCAGCAAAAACGUCGCGACGCAAGGGAAGAAGCGAGAGCGAAGAGAGAACUGAUGCUGGGUCAGGUGGACCUGAAGAAGGAGCUGAAUGAAGAUGACGAGGCCAGGGACUAUGCUGCAGAAGAGGGUUUGAACCCAGACGGCGAAGCAUUACACCAUGAGCAACUCAACGAGACCACACCUUACGACAUGAGCAACUCCGAGUUCUGGUCAUCCUUCUCCAGCAGCGAGGAGGCGUUACUAGAGUGCGAGGGCCUGAUCCUCAACCUGCCUCUGACUCCUCACAGCACCUGUCGAGCUGACGCUUCGGACGAGGAGACCUUGGCUGCUUCGAGAGCUAACGCUUUGACUUACAGAUAA